AUGCCUUCUGUUCCGCGACACGCCAACCAUGCUGGUGCUUUCCGCAACAGGCUGUCCUUCCGCAUUGCUGCUCUGCACCUUUCCGCGCACACCCAAUUUCUCACAGCUCCCAAGCGUUUCAGCAAGCGAGCAGGAAGGUCUAGCCUUGCCACUAGGGCCGUGUUCGAUCCGCUGCAUUUAGACGCCGCGAUUUCCACCCUUACUUCCCACAAUUUCCUCUACGCCGUUGCCGAUGCGGCGGACGCGGCGGCAUCCGCGGCCGCUGACGUGUCAACCGCCGUGGCGGCUGUAGCAGCUGACGCGGCGGCGUCUGGCGGAGACGCAGCGGCUGCUGCGGCUUCCGAUGGAGGCUGGUUCGCUGGGCUCGCGAACGUUUUGGAGAGCAUCUUGAAGGUGUUGGAGCAAGGACUGGCGUCGGUGAACGUGCCGUACGCGUACGGGUUCUCCAUCAUCCUGCUCACGCUGCUCGUCAAAGUCGUCACCUUCCCGCUCACCAAGCAGCAGGUGGAGUCAACGAUGGCGAUGCAGAACCUCGCGCCCAAGGUCAAGGCCAUUCAAACCAAAUAUGCCGGCGACCAGGAGCGCAUUCAGCUGGAGACAUCGCGUCUCUACAAGCAGGCUGGUGUCAACCCACUUGCCGGGUGCCUGCCGACGCUAGCCACUCUGCCAGUCUUCAUCGGACUGUACCAGGCACUCAGCAACGUCGCCAAGGAGGGAGUGCUCACGGAGGGUUUCUUCUGGAUUCCCUCUCUUGCCGGCCCCACCUCCAUUGCUGCUCGCGACAGCGGCUCAGGCAUCUCUUGGCUCUUCCCCUUCAUUGACGGGGUCCCACCUCUUGGAUGGGAGGCAACAGCAGCCUACCUGGUGCUGCCGGUGCUGCUGGUGGCGUCGCAGUUCUACGCCAUGCAGAUCAUGCAGCCGCCCCAGAGCGACGACCCAGCACAGAAGAACACACAAGUGAUCCUCAAGUUCCUGCCUCUCAUGAUUGGCUGGUUCUCCCUCUCAGUCCCCUCCGGUCUCUCCCUUUACUGGUUCACCAACAACCUGCUCAGCACGGGGCAGACCAUCUACCUGCGCAAGAUGGGCGGCGCCACGCCCAAGGUGGCAGCUGGGGGGGGCGACAUCAUUGACGUGGGGCAGGCCAAGCGCUCCGCCGCCUCUUCCGUCGUAGCCACAGAACAGGACAAAGAGAAGCUGCGCGGUGAACAGUUCCGCAAGCAGAAGGAGACGGACGCCGCCCGCCGGGCGGCCAAGCGGGCGGCCGAGGAAGCGGCGCGGGCGGCGGAGGAGAAGGCGGCGCGGGAGAAGGCACGGCUGGAGCAGCUGAGGGCGGAGAUUUCGGGAGAGGGGGAGGAGGAGGUGGCAGUGGUGGAAGCUGAGGUGGUCUCUGUAGCUGAGAAGAACGGAGCAGCAGCAGGGGAGUCCAAGCCACUCAUCCAUUUGCCCUCCGCCCUGAUCAUCGACGCCUUUUGCGCUGGCUCGUUUUCUGAGAUGGCGGCCGCCGCUCUCUACUCCCUGGCUGUGUUCGCCACGGUCCUCCACGAGUCAGCUCAUCCUGUCAUCAGGGAACUGCGUAACCUGGUCUUCGUCGCCUUCGUUUUCGCCAGAGCUCUUCUUGGUUUCGCUGCCGCGCUGAUUUUCCGUGCAGCUCAUUUGCCGUCAUGUCAUUCAGCCACGUGUCAUUCGGCCACGUGUCGUGGCGCUUGCAACGUCAGGUCAGCUCCUGAAGCCUUCCACGUCAGCUCGACAGAUUCUCCUGUUGCCGAACCUUCCACGUCAGUUUCCCAGUUUCCGAACUUGGAUUUGCCGCCAGCUUUAAGCCAGCGGAAGGUUCAGACCAGCCAUUGGAUAAUUCGCCGCCGCUCACACUCGCUAUUGCCACCUUCGUUAGUGUCACGACCAUCAUUGCAAGAGAACGCGACAGUAGGAGCGGUUAAGAAAUGGAUAGCCGUUGGCGGGCUGCGGUCCCGGCGCGCUAAGAUGGCCUGCCGCAAUAUGGCGGAGGCGGCCUUAUAUCGCGUACUGCUGAACUGUCAGGGGCAGGAAAGGCGGAGACUGGGACUUGGGGGAAGGGGAAUACGAAGGGUCCGGGAUGCUGGCGAAAGGGGAGUUGAAAGGGGGAGGUCGGGACGCGUUUUGGCGGAAGGUGAGGGGGAAGGAGAGAAGGGAAGGAGAGACCACAGGCAUCGCAAGAAUGGUAGUUGGGGGAGACGAGUGGGUAACUUGGUUGCGAGUGAGGCACACUAUAAGGGGGAAAUGGAGGCGGAAGAGGCGUGUGGUAAGGAGAAGGCGGGGUGGGAUACGUGGGGGGAGCAUUCAGGGGAGGACGAGAAUAAGGAAGUUGUGAGUGUGGAGCUUAGGAAGGGAAGGGUGAAGGAGGAGGAGGAGGCUGAGGAGGAGGAUGAUGAGGAGGCGACGCGAGGAGGAAUGGUGAUGUUGUCAAAGUCGGCGGACCGCGUGGUUGGAAGCGCGGUGGUUGAGGAAUCUUGGGACUGGUCGCCUUGCGCGGCUCAGCAGCUCCUCUUCCUCCCAGAUUUGCGCGACGCGACUCCCCCGUACAGUCACGACCGCCCGUCGGACACUCCAUACAGUCACAAUAGCUUAGAGAAGGUGUCAACUCGUUAUAAGAGCCACGAGACCAGGGCGAGCCACGAAAUGAGGUCACAUGCAUGGUAUCUACGCUCCCACGACAGCAACCAUCCCCAUAUCUCGUCCGGCAUGCCCUCUCGCAAUCACAGCCUUCCCCAUGCCCCGUCCUGCCCGCCCUCCCUCUCGUCUCGCGCACCCUCCCGCCGGCCCUCGCGCCGAUCCUGCCAUCGAGCCUCGGUACCAGCGUCGUCCGGAACCUCUUUUGAUUAUUAUUCGCCUGUACGUAAGGAGCAGGAGGGGGAAGGGGAGGGGGAAGGGGAGGGGGAGAAGGAGGAAAAGGAGGAAGCGGAGGAGGAAAUGGAGGAGGGUGAGGAGAGGCAAGAGGACGAUUUGACUGUCCUCCGAAGCGCCUUAGAGCGCGAAAUGGAGCUUUCUGAUUCUCUGCGGCGCGAGGUGGAGCAGGAGCGGGCGGCAGCAGACAGCGCCGCCCAGGCGAGCAUGGAUUUGAUUCACCAGCUGCAACAGGACAAAGCUGCCGCCCAGCGCGCGGCCGGCAGUGCCGCCCAGAGAGAGCGGAUUUUGGAGCAGAAGGUGUUAUCUGAUAAGGAAGAGAUGGGAUUGAUGAGGGACGUUAUAGAGAGGCAAGAGGAGGAGGUAGCAGUUUUAAGAGAAAUGCUGGAACAGAAACAGGAGGAGGUCAGGGUUUUAGAAGCUGAGCUGGCACUCUGGAGAGGACACGUGUCGCAAGCUGAUUCGCUUGGGGGGAAGCAGGUGGAGGAAGGUUCAGGGGAGGAAGAACGGCUGACGGGUGAAGGGGAGGGAGCGAUGGUAGCCGUAUCAGCAAAACUUGGUGGAUCAAUCUCAGGCGAACAUACUUUUGAUUGUACGUCAGAAGAAUUAUUUGUAGACGAACAGAUUCUUGAAGCGUCUCAAGGAUCAGGCUUGACGGGGGAGGGGAUCUUGGAAGAAAGGAUGGAAGGGGGAAGUUUUGGGGCGAUGGAAGAGGUGGAGGAGGGGCAUUCGGGGAGAGAAGGGGAAGAAGACGAAAGUGGGAAUAGAGGGAGAGAGGAGGAAGAGGAGGAAGAGGAAGAGGAGGAAGAGGAAGAGGAGGAAUUGAAAGAGGAGGAAGACGAAGAGGAGGAAUUGAAAGGGGAGGAAGACGAAGAGGAGGAAUUGAAAGGGGAGGAAGACGAAGAGGAGGAAUUGAAAGGGGAGGAAGACGAAGAGGAGGAAUUGAAAGAGGAGGAAGACGAAGAGGGGGAAUUGAAAGAGGAGGAAGACGAAGAGGAGGAAUUGAAACGGGAGGAAGACGAAGAGGAGGAAUUGAAACAGGAGGAAGACGAAGAGGAGGAAUUGAAACGGGAGGAAGACGAAGAGGAGGAAUUGAAAGAGGAGGAAGACGAAGAGGAGGAAUUGAAAGAGGAGGAAGACGAAAAGGAGGAAUUGAAAGAGGAGGAAGAGGGGAGUCUUGGGGAUGAAGAGAGCGGCGAGGGAGAAGAGUAA